GCUGGGUGUGCAUCAGCCAGUCCCACUUCAUUGCCGCCCGCUAUCGUACCCAAGUACAGAUAUGUACCCGCGUGUUAUCUUGCCCUAGACUUUGCCCGUGUGAUAUUACUCGAGUGUGCUGCCAAGCCAGCCUUGGCACCUGUGCUUUCCACCUCCAUCGAGACUUUUCAGUGUUUUGUUGCCAUCCACACUAUUCUCUCCUUGAAAUAACGACACAGGAGAAAGGAGAGAGCAAACCAGAAAGAAGGGCGUGAUGGCUGUCAGAGACAUAGAAACAGGAGGAGGGGGAGAGAGCAGUAUGGAAGAAAAGAACCUCUCCAUCGAGGAGGUGACACACUCUGGCUCCGGAGAAACACUGGUCUAUGAUGAGCAAAAGGGUUUCUUCGCGAGGGUCCGGCGCUUUGCUGGCAGGUUUGGCGUUGAGGAACGGGGUAUCGAGCGGGUACUCCCGCAUGAAAGAACCGACACUGGAGUGAGCAUGAUUGGCACUUUGUGGAUGUCGGCAAACAUGACUGUCUCAACUUUUGCAUUAGGAGCCCUGGCGCAACCUGUCUUUGGCCUCGGCUUCGUUGAUGCGGCUUUGACGGUCAUCUGCAUCAACAUCUUGGGCACCCUCCCGGUCAGCUUCUUCUCAACCUUUGGCCCUCGCUUCGGCCUGCGGCAGAUGGUGGUUUCUCGCUUCUUUUUCGGCUAUUAUGGCAUUAAAAUCAUUGCAAUAUUUAACAUCCUUGCAUGCUUAGGCUGGUCUGCGGUGAAUUCGAUAGUAGGGGCUCAGCUGCUCAGCGCAAUCAACCCGGGGGCUCACGCCCUCCCCGGGUGGGCAGGUGUGCUGAUCAUAGCCCUGUCCACACUUCUCAUCACCACCUUCGGCUACCGCCUGGUACACGCCUACGAGCGAUGGUCUUGGAUCCCAGUCCUUGUCAUCUUCUGCAUCGUCGCCGGGGAGUUUGGGGCCUCGGGCAAGUUUGCCGUCGGUCCACUCAUGUCCGGCAAGGCCGAGGCAGGCUCCGUGCUGAGCUUCGCCGCGAGCGUCUUCGGCUUUGCCACUGGAUGGACCUCAAUGGCGGCCGACUACUCGACCUACCAGCCCGAGACCCGCCCCCGGCGGACCAUCUUCUUGUGGACCUUCGGGGGCCUGCUCUUCCCCUUGAUCUUCACAGAGCUCCUGGGCGCCGCCGUCAUGACGGCCUAUGCCGUUGACCAGGACUACGCCGAGGCGUAUGACACCAACCAGAUUGGUGGGGUCCUGGCCAUUGUCUUGGUGCCGCGACUCGGCGGCUUCGGCAGGUUCUGCCUGGCCGUUUUGGCGCUGAGCAUCGUCGCCAACAACUGCCCCAACAUCUACAGCGUGUCUCUGUCCCUCCAGGUGCUGGCCAGGCAGACACAGCGCAUCCCCCGCUUCGUGUGGCCGGCAUUGGCCACAGCCGUCUAUGUUGCCAUCUCUAUCCCCGGCUACAACAGCUUCGAGGAGGUGCUUGAGAACUUCAUGCUCCUGAUCGGCUACUGGCUGGCCAUCUACGAGGGCAUUGCCCUGACCGAGCACUUUGUUUUCCGCAGGACCAGCGGCUACGUCGUAGACGACUAUGCCACGCCCGAGAAGCUGCCUCCUGGCUACUCAGCGCUGUGCGCUUUCUUGUUUGGUGUCAUGGGUGCGGUUCUGGGAAUGGCUCAGUCAUGGUACGUGGGGCCCAUAGGAAGGCUGUGCGGUGGUGAAUAUGGGGGCGAUGUCGGGUUUGAGCUGGCUUUCGGAUUCAGCGCUGUCGCUUAUUUGAUAUUAAGAUCGGCCGAGAAGCAGUGGUUCAAAAGAUGAGAGGCGAGUUCGGCGGCCUCUUGCACAAUGCAUAAAGACGUAGCGGUCAGGCUGCGGCCAUGGGACUGUCUCAACCUGCACGCACCCCCUCGCAUUCUCUGUGGCUGGUUCCGUAUGUUCCAGUAAUCAAUUCCAUUUGAA